AUGGUUGUGGGUGCGUUUCCGGCCGCCAAGCUUGGCGUUCUUGCUAUGAAGCAGGUCUCCAAGCCGAUAGCGAACCUUCUAAAGGAACGUGCCAAAAACAGUCCUUUCUUUCGGAAGUAUGUUUGCAUGCCACCGGCACAGUUUUAUAACUGGAUGGAGGUGAAAACAAAAAUGUGGGCCCUUAAUCUAGGCAAGCCCACCUCAGUGCCGGUGUUAAACGAAGCAAUGGCAAUAGACCUGGGUGCGAACCUGCUUGGAGAGAUUAUUAUUUUUACGAUAGGUGCCGGUUUGCUUUUGCUAGAGUAUCAAAGACAAGUGAGAAAAGAAGCUAACAAAGAGGAAAUGGUUUUGCAAGAGAAACUUGAACUACAAGCGACUAUUAAUGAGCUGAUCUUUCAAGUGCAACGGCAGGAUACGCAGAUUCGCGAAAUAGCAAGAGUCGUAGCAGAUCUCGAAUCUAAAUCGUCGUGGAAGCCAAAAAUCUUAGACGAGCUACCGUUCGGCAAAAAGAACAAAAACGAACAACCACUUUACAUACCCUCCUCGCCUGGUAGUGACAAAACGGAUUCAUCAAGUUCUAGUGGUAAUAGAGGACUUAUUUCCAAAGCGUUGGAGAUUAUCGAUAAUGAAGUUUUUUAUAGGGACAGCGCAACAGACGGAUCUGAAGAAGAAAGCGCUUAUCAACACCGGCCAGGCAUAGUAAUGCGUAGCUUAAACUACUUGCUAGAAGCCAACGCAAGAACAUCACAACCUACAGAAAGAGAGUUAUAGAGGUUCAAUCUGUAUGGAUAAGGUAUUCGUAUGGGUUAUUUUCACGUUUUCCAAUUUCUCAGCUCUAUCCUCGACUGUAUUGAACCGACUCUCAUGUGUAAUGUUAGGAUUAUAUUUGAACUUAUUGUGGUGUGGUUCAGUAGUUACGUUGAAUAUUUUAAUUUAGACAAAUGCUGGAUAUAAUAGACAAGCAAGACAACGACACAGAUCGCGAUCCUUAUGUAAAACCAUAUCGAUCAAAGCCAAGCAAUUGCAUUUUCGACUGGAUCUAUUCGCACAUAAAGCAUGUUAGCAAACAUCGUUUGGAAACUAUUUCCAAUGUACGUACAUUUACGCUAGUUCGUAUAUUCUGAUUCCGACAGAUCCGCAAAAGUAUAGGACAGUUUUUGCGUAUUUUGCUCAAUGUACUUAACAUGUCUUUUGAAUCAAAGAUUCGUUUAGUUUUUAACCUCGGACAAUUAUAUCUCAGUCAUCGUCUGACUAACUAAACACCCUUUUGAUUUCAGGGCAUAAAUAAGUCGUUCUGUUAGGAAAUGCUGAUCAUUGUAAGAUCAAUUAUUUUGCAGUGAGAAUCUUAGAUAUUGGUUCGAUCAUAAAGCUAACAUAUUUGUGAUGUAUGCAUAAUUUUGAAGGCACCACUGUCUCCUUUUCAAUUGCAAUAUACGUUCAAACUUACCAGUGCUAUUGUAGAAAUUGCGAUUGGGCUUCAGCAAGUAGUAAUGAGCAGUAUGUAAUGCGACGAACAGUGUUUCUUAUGCAAAUAGUGCUAGCUCGUCGGCAACGGUAGCAGAAUGUUAUCGAUACCGUGUAAAUAUUUGUUAUAAGA